GUGAAAAACGGCUUCUCACCUCUAAAUGUCGUCAGAAGUAAUUGUAAGCAAAGUCAAUUGUCGAGGAAGGGCGUGGCGCGGGGCCGUCGAACUAUCCACAGUUGCCAUGAGUCAAGCUGCAAAAGUCCAUCUACAAAAACCGUGAAAACUGUUUUUCACAUUGAGUUCUCUCCAAUCUCUCACCAACAAUAAAUAAAUCCCUCUUCUCUACACUCUAAAAUCUGCUCACCAUGGCUUACACGCUAUUCAUCGGAAACAAGCGCUAUUCCUCGUGGUCCAUGCGACCCUGGGUCCUGCUCAAAGCCCUGGACAUCCCAUUUGACGAGAAGCUCAACCUCUUCAAGCCGGGUCAACGCCAGCCCGACUUCCUGGCCUUCUCCCCCACCGGCAAGGUCCCCUGUCUGCACGACGGCGCCAACUCUACGGAUACCGCCGUCUGGGACUCGCUCGCCAUCUGCGAAUACGUCGCCGAGUCGCACCCCGGCGCUUGGCCAACCGACGCUCGUGCCCGCGCCUUUGCCCGGUGCGCAGCUGCGGAAAUGCACUCUGGCUUCCCCGCCAUCCGGGACGAGUGCAGCAUGAACGUGGGCCUACGCAUCGAGCUGGCCACGCGGAGCGAGGCGCUGCAGAGGGAUAUUAGCCGCUUCAAUGAGCUCUUUUCCGAGGGCCUGGACAAGUUCGGGGGACCCUGGUUGGCCGGCGAGGAGUUUACCAUUGCGGACGCCAUGUAUGCGCCCAUUGCGUCGCGAUGCAAGACGUAUGGGAUCGAGCUGGAGGGCGCUGCCAAGGAGUACCUGGACCGCUUGUUUGAGCACCCAGCUGUGCAGGAGUGGGUUCAGGACGGAAUCAAGGAGUCUGCUAGAGAGCCUUCUCAUGAGGAAGAUUGUAUUCGAGGUCGCAAGAUCCUGGAGGACUUGAGCAAGUAAUUUGCUGGGACAUAAAUUAAUAUCAAUGGAUUCUUCAAAGCUGUUAACGUGCUCUUGGUUGUUGCAGAUCCCAAGCGGAAGGGACUGUCUGCUGCUUGGUAGCUUCAGCCACAGGCUGCUCGCAAGGACAGAAUUAGGAAUGGGGACAAGGUCAAUUAACAAGGUAAAGAAGGGGUGGAGCCAACGGUGCGUUUCUGCUGUG